AUGGCGUCCGAUCGCAUGGGAGCUCGCAAGGCUCACAGGAGUUCAGAAGGCUCCCACAUUCCCCCGAACCACUGCCACGCCGAGAGAUCCACCGCCGCCGACGCUGCUGCCUCCUCGCCCUCCGCCCGGAGAGCCGACCGCGACGCUGCCCACCGAUCUGCCCCGGCCGCUCCCAAAAGACACACUCCCCAUUACGCCGUUCACCGAGAGUCGUCGAUCGAGCCCUUGCGGCCUUCUGGACAGCCCGCCAACUACCGCGACUCCAUUGUUUCCAUUGUUGACGACCCUUUCUUCCUGCGCUUCGACGACCAUAACCUCGAGGCCGCGCUUGCGUUUGACUCGCGCUGGACCACAACCACACUGGACGACGACCCCGGCGAAGGCGACAACGCAGACGACGAACACGAACCCGAGGGCCACGGUCAGGGGCGCCAAGGCGACGAACAAGAACUCGCCUCUGGUAGCUUCCAGCUCCGCGAUGACGACACGCCCAACGAGCGCUGGCCGCCCCCAAGAAGAGAAUCGUUGAUAAUAGGACAUUCCUUGUACUGGGUAAUACCGCCCCACCAGACACAGACUGCGGGGUAG